AUGAGUAGCAACGUUGAAGCAAACAAGGCUCUUAUCAAGGCUUUCUAUGAGCGCGUGAUGAACGGCCACGACUUUACCAACCAUAGCGAGUUUAUCACUGACGACUUCAAGUCGCAUCGUGCCGAGCGUUCGCUUGAAGGCGGUGAGAACUGGAUAAACACCUUUGGUCACAUUGUCAAGUCGUACAUGCCGAAUUUCAAGUCGGAAAUUAAGCAUAUCCUGGCCGAGGGCGACGAGGUAUGGGUCUACAGCGAGAUCCUCAACUCGGGCGAGUGUGUCCAAGGCAAGCGCCGUGUGAGUGUGGACCGCUUCCAUUUCAAGAACGGAAAGGUUGCCGAACACUGGGAUAUUCAGCAGAACGUUGACCCAGCCACGUAUACCAUCUAA